CUGUUUCUGUCUUACUUCACUAGUCAGAAACACCGCUUCGUACACCAGGUUCUCUUUAAAGAGCUUUAGGAUAUGAAUUCUUAUCGUUAUAGCCUCGCAGAAAUUCAGCGGCAGAUCGAUGAAGUCGUAAGGUUUUUGUCUGUAACCCUUAGCAUCGCUAAUGCUCACACUGUGGAGUUUUACACUCACGACGUGUGGAAACGGUUCAUGGCGGUAACGCCGGAAGAGGUCCUGUCCGCCGUCAGUUCCAGCAGCGACCAGCAGAGGGAGCCACAGCACAAAGGACUGGAAAGGUCCAGGACCACAUUUGGGUUUUGCACAGCCUCCAAUCGGCUGCUUGACAUCCAUGAGCUUUUCGAGGCGGCCACAGCCCACUCUCUCCCCGGCCUCGGGGUGUGUUUGAGCCGAGAGGAGCUGCUGCGGGAGCUCCGAGGCAGCGCUUCUGAGCCUGCACAGAUCGGAGCAGAGCUGGAGGCCGAUGAGUUCAUGAACUCAAAGAAGUCCCAUGAAGUCCAGUCCAUGUCUGAGGUUGUGGCCUGUUUGGCCCAGAACUGUGGAGUCAAACAGGUGGUAGAUGUGGGCUCGGGGAAAGGCUACCUGAGCUCCUUCUUGUCUCUGCAGUUCGGCCUUCGAGUGUACGGCAUCGACUCCUCCAGCACCAACACCCACGGUGCUCAGGAGAGGAACAGGAAGCUGAAGAAGUUCUCACGAGCCUACCAGAAGCACGUCAAAGCGGCGAGGACAGAAGUGGAGGAGACGGUAAAAGGGAAGCUCGAGCUGCGUGAGGACGAAGCGGUCCUCUGCCAUCGUUCUGCAGGAAGUGGGUCAGUCGGCUCCUCGCACAUCAACCCAGCGGUGGAGGUGCAGCCUGAGAUAAUCCCAGAAACAGAGGAGCUGUUCCUUAGCGCCCUGUCGGCAGACGUGAUCCAGGCUUCGCCCCCCAGAGUCGCCCCGAGUCAGCUGAGCGCUGAGGAGAAGGAGAGGAGGAAGAGGGCAAACCUGGAGAGGAAGGCUCGGAGCAGACGGGACAGCUCAGGCGGCGUGUUCGCACCGCUCACAUCUUAUGUCACGGCCGACACCGAGCUGCGAGAGCUCAUCACCGAGCUGGAGGGAGCCGUCGUGGUCGGCCUGCACACGUGUGGAGACUUGGCUGCCAGCACGCUGAGGAUGUUUGUGGCUAAAGCAGAGCUGGCCGCAGUCUGCGGCGUGGGCUGCUGCUAUCACCUACUGUCUGAGGAGUUUGACCCUGACGGACAGGAGCGUUUGCAGACUGCGUGUGGUUUCCCCCUGAGUCAGUACCUCCGCCAUCAGAGCUGGUUCUGUGGCAGGAAUGCCAGGAUGUCAGCGUGUUUGGCUCUGGAGAGAGUUUCCCUUGGCCAGGGGAUCCAGAUGGAGUCUCUGUUCUACAGAGCCGUGCUUCACGUUCUUCUGAGGGACCACUACAGCUCCUAUAAAAGUGAAAAGAGAGUCGGGAACGUUUAUUCCAAGGCGACGUCGUUCGUGGACUACGUCCGUCGAGCGCUGCGCAGAUUGGAGCUGGAUGACUCGAAGCUUUCGGACAGUGACAUUCAGGCCUACAGUGACCUGUACAGAGCACGAAUGGGCGAGAUGCAUGCCUUUAACAUGCUGAAGGUGACUCUUGCUCCGUGUAUCGAAGGCCUGAUUCUCCUCGAUCGCCUCUGCUACCUUAAAGAACAGGAUGGUGUGGCAUCCUCUGCACUGGUGCAGCUGUUUGAUCCCCUGCUGUCCCCAAGAUGCUACGCUGUCGUUGGACUCAAGAAGCAAAGAUAA